UCUUUGGUGUCAACCUAUUUGACCCCAAUUCGUAUUUCUUUUGUAAAACUUAAAAAUAAAGUAUAAAAAUAGAAGUGAAAAUUUUGUAAUUUGGUUAUCUAGUUCUGAACACUAAGUUGAUUGUAGUGAAUUGUUUCAUUUCAUUUUAGGAGAAUUAAGUCUGACAGAUGUGUAAAACGAAUAACCUUUCGUCAUUGUGAAUAAUCUAUUGUUACUUCAGUAAGGAUUAGAAAUAUAAUAAACACCGACAAAAUAAGUAUGGCAAAGGAAGAGGAAGAUGAUAAUUUGCCUGACAAAGAUGCAGCUAAGGAAUUCUACGCAAAGUAUGAACCAAAAGAAAUAAUCGGACGUGGUAUUAGUUCUACAGUCAGACGAUGUGUAGAAAAAGAAACGGGAAAAGAAUAUGCUGCAAAGAUUAUUGAUCUCAGCCAGGAGUCCCAAGAUGGAGUGGACACUCACACAAUGCGGGAGGCAACUAAACAAGAAAUUAAUAUACUUAGAAUGGUGGCUGGUCAUCCAUAUAUUAUCGAACUACAAGAUGUUUUUGAAUCUGAGACAUUCAUAUUCUUGGUGUUUGAGUUGUGCAAAAAUGGUGAACUGUUUGACUACUUGACAUCAGUUGUGACACUCUCAGAAAAAAAGACAAGAUAUAUUAUGAGGCAAGUUUUAGAGGGCAUUCGGUACAUACACCGUAAGAGCAUAGUACAUCGUGAUUUGAAACCUGAAAAUAUUUUGCUUGACGAUCAACUGAAUGUGAAGAUCACGGACUUCGGUUUCGCCAAGGUGCUCAAAGAUGGGGAGAAGUUAUUUGAGUUGUGUGGUACUCCUGGGUAUUUAGCGCCCGAAACGUUGAAAGCUAAUAUGUUUGAAGAUGCUCCCGGCUACGGCAAGGAAGUCGAUAUAUGGGCAUGUGGAGUUAUCAUGUUCACCUUGCUAGUGGGUUGCCCGCCGUUCUGGCACCGAAAACAGAUGGUAAUGUUGCGCAACAUAAUGGAGGGAAAAUACUCUUUCACCAGCCCCGAGUGGGUCGACAUAUCAGAAGAUCCUAAGAACUUGAUCAGACGGUUUCUUGUCGUCGAUCCGAGUGAAAGGAUCGAAAUCGAUGAUGCAUUGCUACACCCGUUCUUUAAUACAGUGCUAUGGGACCAGGACAUGACACCGCUGAAGAAGUCUUACUCCGGCGCCAGCCGCAAAAUGUCCAGGAUCGACGAGUUGGCCAUGGCGAUUAAGGCAAGCGGUUUCAAUGCCCGCGCAAAGUUGAGGUUGGCUAUGGUGACCGUUCGAGCGGCAGUACGCUUGCGACGUCUGCCUCACACCUCGGCGCGCGCAGUGCCACUGUGCGACGCACUGAGGGAUCCAUACACUAUGCGAGCUCUGCGCAAGGUGAUCGACGGUUGUGCGUUCCGCGUGUACGGUCAUUGGGUCAAGAAGGGCGAGGGACAAAAUCGCGCAGCUCUCUUCGAAAACAUGCCUAAGACGGAGCUGAAGAGCCUCUAUGUUAGCAACCUGAGCCGAUAGCUAGCGCCUGCGCUAUUGGCAAUCUGUUGCCGCUUCUGUGCUCCUGGUCACUCGGUUGGUCUGGGUAGCAGCAUCGUGAUGACAUGGACUAAGAUAUAAGAUACAAGGUCCGAGCAAGCGUGUGUGAUGUAGGUUAGUCUUAGCCUUGGCCAAUUGUAUAGUAUCCAUAUUACAGUUAGAUAAAGGACAUCAAUCUAAAUUUGAUUUGUCGGCCUGCGAUUAAAACCCGUUAUUAAUUUUUGUUUUACUACUUCAUGUUAUGAUAUUCAAAUGGAAGGUUC